AUGCACCGAAAAGGUAACGCUGGGCGUCCUGGCGCGCUCCACCUCCCGGGCGGCUCUGCUCCAGCUUGCGGGUCUUGGGGCCGCAGCCCGCACGCGCUGCCUGCUUUAUGGAGCUGUCUCCUCCCGGUGUGGUGUGGCGCCCCCGCCCUCAGCCCUGUCCCUCGCCGCAGCUCCCUCCUAGGCGGUGAGGACAGCACCCGUCGCGGCUGCGUCCUUCCCCUCGAUACAGAUAGGACCGGUGCCCGCCGCGCCCUCCUCCAGAAUCUACGAGGUCCCUCUCUGGAAAGGAGGUUCCCGGGAGAUGGAAGGGUGGAAAGACUGGCAAGAGAUGGCCCAGUUCUUGCUACCCAGACAAGGGCUCUGCCCCAGCCCCUGAUUCUGGUUGUCCGAACUACUAGCUGCGACCUAGAGCGCUGCCUCGCGGGCACUCGGGAACAGUCUGACAAUGCCCACCCACCCUGGGGUGGGAAGAGCCUCUUCUCUGUGUUCGCUGCUUUUCUACUCAGCUCUACACUGUGGCACACGGUGCAAAGCAGGAUCCUGACGUCCCCUCCCUCUUCCCACAACACCAGCGGUCUAGGGGGAGCCAGGGAGCUCGUGAGUGUCGGGAAAGGAAACCGGACUCCGCUGUCUUUCCCGCUCCCUCUCCGCCUCUCCGCCCCUCGGUCCAGCGCCUCCUCCUCCUUUUCCAGCGUGGGUCACCAGACUAGGCGCUUGUGGAAAGUUUCUCUGAAAGCCAGGGGCAGCGGGCAUGACAGGAUUGGGGCUCAGUGUGUACCGCCUGCGAGAAACCGAACGCAGAGGAAGCAGAAAGGAACCACAGAACAAGCCGAACUCAUUGCAAAUACUUUAAUUAGGCAUCUGCCAUUUGCUGCAGUGUAGUGCCUGGGAAAGCCUGCCUGUGUCUCUGUGCUCACCCCUCCCCCACACCCCAUCUUCGGAUUUAGACAAUUGUCCAGCUCCCAGAGUGGGUGCUGCCUGGGUGUUCCCACCUCCCGGGGAAGGUGAAGCCAGGAAGCAUUCUGCUGUGCCCUCCCGUAUUAAUAACCCUCCUCUCUGCCUUGAAGCCAAGUUGUCUCUGUGAUUUCUACCCCAGAGUGAAGGCUUUUCUCCUCUGCCUUUGGUGUGCUGCAAGAGCAACUGAGCUAUUCUCUGCUGGCAACCACACGAUGGCCUCUUGGGGAUAUGGUAAGGCAGGGAAGGGAGCGAGCCAUUUAAUCCCUUUGAAAUGGGCAAAUAAGAUAUCAUACCACACAAACCUCAAGGGGACAAGGGAGUUCAGAAUACUUCUCAGCAUGGGACUACUACAGUAUAGGAUAUACACCUUGCUUUGUGAAGCUCAUGACUUACUGCAAAUUUGUUUUACUAGAUAGUUCUAAUUCUCAUUACACUAAUGAGGAGUGUCACAUAAAACUAUCAAUACUUUCAUGUUUCCCAAAAACCUCUUCUGCCCGGACUUCUCUCCUGUGCCCCUCAACAGCCAGUGCUCACAGGGUAGGUGGCUCCUCUUGGACACAUCUCACACACAUCUCACACUUAGUAUGAUCCGAACAUCGAAUUUCACAUCUUUCUCCCCCAAAUAAGCUUUUCUUAAAAUGUUCCCCAUCUUGAUAAAUGGCAUUUCCAUCCUUUGAGUUGCUGUAGCCUAAACUCUGGCUCUUGCUCUGUCCACCCCCAUUCCAGCUGCAGUGCUGUUGGUACCCCCCCCCCCCCCCCCAGUGCAGGGAGACUUCCUCCAGGGCUCCCACUUCCGGGUGUUCACACUGUCCCAGCCACUGUGCCCCCUGCUGGGUUAUUGUGCCUGCCUCUCAGCCAGUCUUCCUGCUUUUCCCUGGGCCCCCUACUGUCUUCACACUGUAGCCAAAGUGAGUUUUUUAAAAGCUAAGCUGGAUCAGACCACUUCCAUGGCUCAGACGCUUCCCCACUUUGUUUCAGUAAAAGCCGAAGUCCUCAGGACCCCACUUGUUCUGCACUUGGGUCCCCACCUCUCUGACCUCCACUCCUUCUUGGGGUUCCUUGAAUAUGCCCAGCGUGCCCUCCUUGGUCCUUUGCACGGUCUCUGUACUUCUCCUUUGUGUCCUGGGAAGGGUCUUUGCCCAAGAUGGCUGCAUGAUUUGUUCCUCACGUGCCUUAGGCCUCUGCUCAGUUGUCACUUUCUCACCGAAGCCUAUGCUGACCACCUUAUUUACAUUUACUUCACCCUUUCCCCUCAACACGUCCUACUCCCGUGGCCUGCCUCAUUUUCCCUGCACUUUUCACAACCCAAAAAGCUCUAUGUUGUCCUAAUUUAUUUCACCUUCCACUAGAACAUAAUGCUAUGAGGAUAGAUAUCUUUAUGUUUGAUUCGCUGCUGUACCUCCGGCACCUAAACCUAGCACAUCCUGGGCCCUCCAGGACAAGUGUCUGUUGAGUGAGUGCAUAAAUGAGUGAAUGAUGAAUCUUGCAAACAACUAGUCUUUAUUUCAUCUCUUCUGUCUGCUCAUUUUCCUAUAUUGUUUCCAUCAAAUGAGCUAUCUUCCUGCCUGCAUAAGUGUGCACAUGCACAUGUGUGUAACACUGUCUUCCGUGUGCCUAGCUGGUAUGUCUCAUGCAUCAUUAGGAGAGCACUCACUAUGGGUUGUUUUCCCAGGCUUGGUGAUGGGCUGGAGGCUGCUCAUUCCCACACUCUCACCCAGUCCCCUUCUGUGGCCAAGAGCACACAUCUGUGGGACACCUGGUUGAAGCUGGAGGGAAUCUGAGUUAGGUAAAAUCAACUUGCCAAGAAACUGAGCUAAGAGACAGCCAGCAUUUAUGGGGAUUGAGCUUUUGACCUUGGACUCAUUUGUUCUGCAUUCUAACCACUGGCCUCAGAACCUUCUUGCUUUUUUGGAGUUUACUAAUAGUUUUUAAAAUUCAACUUUCUACCAGGGGAAAAUAGUAUGUCUGUUGGCCCACAUUCCUGCCCUGAGCACACACAGUGGUAACUGUCGGUGAAGGUCCUGAACUUGGAGUCAGAAGACCUGGGCUCCAGACACUUACUGUCUUGGACAAGCCACUUAACCUCUCUGAAGCUACAUUAUUUUAAAUAAAAAUUGUGAAUAGUAUGCUCCCUAACUUGCAGGACUGCUGUAUCAGUAAGACAAAAUCGGGAAUGUGAAUGUACUAGGUAAAAUAUGAAAUGUACUCUGGAAUUGGAGGUUUGAUGCUGGCUCCCCCCUCCCCAGACCCUAGGCCUGGUGGAGAUCCUACCUCAUUGUCUUCCAAAUCAGGAAAGAAGUUACACUCCGUUGAUGUGAUUUUAGUGCAAACAUUAUGAAAUCAAGUAAGAUUUGCCAAUGCAUUGAAAACACAGCCUUAGUAAUGAGAAUGCAGUUGAAUCCAGUAAAGAUUGUUUCAGUGUGACCAUUAAAUGGGGCAAAGGCAUGGGAGUGGCCCUCGGCCGGUCAUUACAAACAAAGCAAGGGCAUUGUUUUUGCUUAGCUCAGUUCUAAACUGGCUCACUUUACUAGUACACGUUGAUGUGGAACAGGCAUGUCCAAGUGAACUAGGAGUAGUCAGAGAAAUGUUUAGAUCUUUGCUGUAACAAGGGCAAGUUCAUUAGAUUUUGUGGUAUGAAGUUUAUAAAGGUGGAGGGACUGUCACGGGGGAGGCAGCAGACGGGUCUGGAGGGGAUGCAGGGGUCACGCUUCUUAAGUAGACACAGCACACUUGGAUCUGCAUCCCAGUUUUUGCCAUUUACAUAUUUGAGCUGUUACUUAACUCAGCUGCCAUCUGUAAGAUGCUAGUAAGAUGAUAAUGCGGGUUGUUAAGAAGGGUAAAUAAGAUAAUACCUGUGAAAUGGGUAGCACAAUGUCUGGCACACUCACACGCAUUCAUUAAGUGUGGGGUGUUAUUUUUAUUUGGGUGACAGGAGUGCAGGGGCGUGUCCUGGUGGGGGACUACAGAAGGAAAUGCCCACAACCCUGCAACAUAACGAGGUGAUGCAGAGGAAACAACCUUUGGACUAGAAAGGAGCAUUUGCGCCGUCCCAUGGCCGUAGUGUCAGGGGUGUUAGGCUGAGAAGCAUGUGAAAAGUCACUUCCACGGAAAGGGGAGUCAGGACCCUUUUCCUAACUCCGGACGUUGAAAUAUCACACCCGAGAUGGAAGGAAAAAACAGCAUACAAACAAAACAAUAGCAAGUAGCGCAGGGCUCUGCAUCAAAUGAGAGCCCAAAGAAGAGUUGUUUUUAAAGAAGCAAUAGUCUUCACUUACUAACUUGGUAAGAAUAAAACACAGGAUCUGAAUCCACUACAGAAUCUGAGGGCGCGCACAUUUGGCACCUGAGAACAGCCUGCAGAUGUUCAGGUUGAGCUGGAUGGACCCAAGCGCCAUAGCUGUGAUGGGAGAGAUUGGAGGCCGUUACUGAUUUUUGGAAGAGGGUCUUCACGUGGCCAUACACUCACUGGGUCACUCUUCCCAGGCCAAACCUGAAUUCACUUGGAAGAGCACGAAACACCAGGCGGAAGCAAACCAUUACCUUCCCAAUAAACUUAGGAGAUAGUUGGCUGACCCCAACAAAGGCAGGAUUGACUCCACGACUGAUCCACUGACGUACAGUUUGAAAUUUGAUUGAAAUGAUAGUCAUGCUCGUUUUUAUCAGAAGAAUCUGACUCCCAACAGGCCCAGCAGAAGGGGCAGUAAGUUGGUGUUAUCACCGUGUUCCCCGAAGGGCCCCGGCUGUGCCCGGGAGGAAGAGAAUCUCUUGUGGCAGUUACAGGUAUUUUCAUGUAGGAAAAAAAAUGUUUCCUCUUAAAUUUUGUAAAGAGAGAAAUAAAUCAGCAAUGAACAUGCACCAAAGACUGAAGGGCCAGAUCAUUCUGAGCAGCGAGAGUGAUAACUGUUGCUUUGAAAGUGUCGUUCGCAAUAGAAAUGUCCACACCCAGCCUAUGGACCUGAGGCUUCCACUUAAUACGACUCAGCGCUUCUGCGGUUUUCCGCUAACCGGCAACUGCCAUCUGUAGAAAAUUUAAUUCAAAGAAUCCCUGCCAAUUACAAAAUUUAGCAGGAGAAUCUCUAAAAUGGAUGCUACUUACGCUUCUCUUAUCCCUUCUACCCUCCCAUAUGUUUAAGACGUAGCCCUUGGCCAUGAUGUGAUUUGAAGCGGUGUUAGCGCAGGAGAUAGCACUGAACACAAUGAAAACAUGCCAUUGGAAAAAUAAACAUUUUGGGGACUGGGACGGA